CUAGCGUCUCGCUCCAAAGCAACUACCCAAAAGCAUUCGCAGAGUACAGAUCCUCCGCUACCACGUUCCACCGAGUUCCUAUCGAACGACAGUUCUUCGCCACGUGCUUCGGGUUCCGAGAGUUCGAAGGAAGAAACCGGUUCAGUGUCCCGUGGUUCGAAGGAGAGAAUCUCUUGAGAGAAAGAGAGAGAGGGAGAGAGAGAGAGAGAGAGAGAGAGAGGAAAAAAGAGAAAGAGACACACACACACACAGAGCGAGAGGAAAAAUGGCGGCCAUCACUAUGAGCCACGUGUUCGAGUACGAGAACGAGCUCAACGACAAUCUCUACAACCUGAAGAUGUCGGGCAAGGCCGUGAACAGCGGUAGGAGAAUACGCAGCAUGCUGAAACCACUGCUGCGACUCCUGAAGACGAAGCGAGCGAGCAAGUACGCCUCCAACAAGAGCCAAGAAGCUGCACCUCAGAUAGAGAUCUUCACCGAGGAGGUCGACAACCAGAACAACGCCAACGAGUCAUUGGAGCGCCGACUCUUGGCGGAGCUGCAGGACGCCGAGGAAGGAGCUGCCAUCACUGUCUGCCUCGACGGCCAGAUGACCGUCGUGCCUGUUGUGCCUGGUCAGUGCUACGUGCCGGUGCAUUUCGCACACACCCACGCUGGCGACUUCUACUGGACGACCCUGAGCAUGGCCGACAGUGAUCUGUGCUACAAGGAGCGCGCCUUCUCGCAGCACCAGCUCCCCGAGAUGCAAGUGGCGUGAGAGGAGUCACCGUCUACGUUGUCGAGGACCACACCGCAUCUACCUCAACGGCGAAUCCUACGAGCUAGCCUGGCCUGUGCCUACUCGAGGUUCGUUCGUCUUCUUCCCGCGGAAACCUGAUCUCAAAAUCCUCGAGAUCGAAAAGAGCUGUCACCAGCGACUAGAUGUAAGAAA